CUCUCGGCGGUGGGUCGGAGCCGCUGUCCCUGGCCUCGCAUGUUUCCCUUUGGAUUCCUGUUUUCAGUUUGAUCCCCCCUCCCCCUGUGAAGGGCCAGUCUGUGCAGUGCUGUUUUAUUCAAUCUCCCUCCCGGGCAUAUCUAACAUUUCGAGGCUUUAACCCCCGAGCAUCAUGGCUGUGGUUAGCGGAUCGUCUGGGCCGGUUGCCCGGCUCGAGGGCCGUGAGUUCGAAUACAUGAUGAAGAAGCGCUCGGUGACCAUCGGCCGGAACUCCUCUCAGGGCUCCGUGGAUGUGAGCAUGGGCCACUCGAGCUUCAUCUCCCGGAGGCAUCUGGAGAUUUUCACCACCAGCGACGACGGCACGGGCGGCGGGGACUUCUACCUGAGGUGUCUGGGGAAAAACGGGGUGUUUGUGGACGGAGUGUUCCUCAGACGGGGCGCCCCUCCUCUGCAGCUACCACGAAUGUGCACGUUCAGGUUCCCCAGCACAAACAUUAAGAUCAUGUUCACAGCACUGCCCAGUGGGAAGAAAGCAAAGCGUGAGGCCCCGGAGUCCCCGGUGAAACCAGUACAGCCCCAGAUCUCCCCCCUGACCAUCAACAUUCCAGACAACAUCGCUCACCUAAUGAGCCCCCUGCCAUCGCCCACCGGCACCAUCAGCGCUGCGAACUCUUGCCCCUCCAGCCCUCGGGGUGCGGGCUCGUCGGGCUACAGGAUGGGGGGUCGUAUGGUCAGCUCUGUAGAGCUGCAGCUCAUAAACGACAACUCCCAGCCCGAGAACGACAAAGAACCGUCCGAGGGGGACAGCCCCAAGGACGACUCCAAGCCUCCGUACUCCUAUGCACAGCUGAUCGUCCAGGCCAUCACGUUGGCUCCGGACAUGCAGCUAACACUAAACGGAAUCUACAACCACAUCACAAAGAACUACCCCUACUACAGGACCGCAGACAAAGGCUGGCAGAACUCGAUCCGUCACAACCUGUCGCUGAACCGCUACUUCAUCAAAGUGGCGAGGUCGCAGGAGGAGCCGGGCAAAGGCUCCUUCUGGAGGAUAGACCCGUCUUCAGAAGCCAAGCUGAUCGAGCAGGCUUUCAGGAAACGAAGGCCUCGUGGAGUCCCCUGCUUCAGGACCCCACACGGACCCCUCUCCUCCAGGAGCGCCCCGGCCUCUCCCAAUCACUCGGGGAUUCUCUCCGCUCACUCCAGCGGCGUCCAGACCCCCGACAGCCUGUCGCGAGAGGGCUCCCCUGUCCCCGUGGAACCGGACACGUCCUCCGCUCCCGCCCCAGCACCCACCACCACCACAGUCCAGCCCAAACUGGCAGUGAUCCAGGAAGCACGCUUUGCACAAAACACACCAGGCUCGCCUGUUAGCAAUCAGCCGGUCCUCAUAGCAGUCCAGCGCUCGUUACCUCAAACCAUCAAGCCUGUGACCUACACCAUGGCCUCCCCAGUGGGCACCGGCGCAUCGCAGCCCGCGGUCCAGACGGUUCACGUUCUGCAGCAGAUCCCGGCCGGGUCCCUCAGCCCCGCCACGGCCGUCAUCGCCCAACCAGCCACCAUCAUCAAGAGCGAGCCGCAGGAGAACGGGGAGCACGCCGAGGUCAAAGUCAAAGUCGAGACACUUCCCAGCCUCGGCUCUUUGGGUGCCUCCACUCGCUUCUUCCAGAGCUCCCAGUCAGCCCCCCUGCAGACUGUUACCAUCGUGCAGCAGGCCCCCCUGGGUCAGCACCAGCUGCCCAUCAAGACCAUCGCACAGAACGGCACCCACAGCCUCACCACUGCCCUGCAGGCGCCCGUCAGCUCAGCUGUGACGAGCCCCCUCCACCUGCUGGCGGCCCACGCCUCGGCCUCCGCCUCCCUCCCCACCAAGCGGCCGAACGGGGACCAGCUGGUCGUUCAGCCCGACUCCAAGCGCGUGAAGACUGAGGACGACGCGUCUCCCGUCGCCGCAGAGACGGACUCGCCGGCAGCCAACGACCAACCAAACUAGUCUGACCACGCACCGCACAAGCCCCGCCCCCUCAACCACCACCAUCUCUCACCACCCGCUCCUCUUCUUUUGUCGUUUGUUUCCCUGCUGCUCCCUCCCGAGGUGCCAAACGGAGACGUUUUUCAGUUUCAGUCGGGUUUUCUGUUGACGUCAUGAAGUUCACCCCUUUAAAAACUGCAAAAUGGGUUGAGAACAAAAAAACGAAACCUCAAAGGUGUCCCCUGUGAGCUGCGGUGACGAGAGAAAGACUAACGCAAGACCACAGGAAGCCUUAACAACACGCUGACCUUUGACCUCAACUGAUCAGAACCAGGAGAGGACUGGACGCCCCUUUCUGUCACACCUACCUCAGAGCAGAUCGGAGCCUCCGGAAGCCCUCCCCCGACUCGUUUCAACGACCAACCGAGCGGCGAGUACGACAAGUGUUCAUCUUUUUAUCAUCAUUAUUAUUAUUAAAAAUAAAAACUAAAAAUCAUAAAGGGAUCAACUUGGAGCCAAGAUUUCUAAAACUGUGGCAGCUAGCCUCACAAUACUGACCUUCCUUAAUUGCAGCUGUGCGUAGAUAUGCAGUAUUUGUUCAAAAUGUGGAGCAUAGGAUUUUUUAAAUGUAUUUAGAAAAGUAAUAAAUUAAUCAAAGGAAGCAUGCAAGGCGGUGAGGUUGGUGACAUUUCGGUAACCGAGUUAGAAAUCUUUGUUCUGUGAUUUUUGUUCUUUUCUGUUCUGUGAAACAGUGUAUUUGGUAAACCUUCCCCGCCCUUGUUCUGACAUAUCCGUAUAAAUCUGCUUUCUUAUACCUUCAUAUCUGAAUACCUGCACAGAUAUAAGCAAAUCUCCAUGUGUAGUACCAGAUGUUGCAUGUAUCUGACACGAGAAGAGUCUUUAACCGUCGACCAAACGGAGGAAAAACAAAAAAAACUGCUUUUUUUUAAACCCAACCUGCACUUGAUUCAAUGUUUUUUUUUAUUUUUAUUAUUGUUCUUUUUGUUUCCCAUCAUACCUUGCUCCUUCUCACUGUCCCUCCAGGCUGUGUUGAUGUUGUGGUGUUGGCAGACCCCCACCCAGUCCCCCCCACACCCAUUUCUUUGAUUAUGGCGACCCGGCAGAUUGUACACGUUCCAAACAAUAGCAAGAAAAAAAUUGAUGUUUGUUCUGCUUCAGUGGAGAAAUGCUU